AACAGGAUAACUGAGUGAAUACUCACUCCUGAGUGACUUCAGUCUGUAAACAAGCUCAAUAACAAGCAUGGAAAAUAAAUCAGUGUAUGAUUUCUCUGUUGAGACUCUGGAUGGACAUCAGGUUCCACUCAGCAGUUUCAGGGGUAAAGUGCUUCUCAUCGUCAAUGUUGCCACUUUCUGAGGGUCAACUAUAGAGGAGUACCACCGAAUGAAUGCACUGAUGGAAAUGUUUGGCAACCACAACUUCACUGUUUUGGGAUUCCCUUGCAACCAGUUUGGUCUUCAGUCACCUGAAGUUAAUCAUGAAAUGCUCAGUAUUUUGACAUAUGUGAGACCUGGUGGUGGGUUUGUGCCAAAGUUUCCAAUCUUUGGAAAGGUUGAGGUGAAUGGACUAAACGAAGAGCCUCUUUUCACCUUUCUAAAGGAAAAUCUGCCAUUUGUGAAUCCUCUUAUUGGCGAAACAAAGAAGCUUUUCUGGUCCCCAAUCAAAGUCAAUGACAUAAGGUGGAAUUUUGAGAGGUUUCUCAUUACUGCAGAUGGGAUUCCCUUCAGAAGGUACGAACUACACUGCCCAUUUGAAAAUGUGGAAAAGGACAUAGCAGACCUUCUCUGACAUGUUUUGUUCAGUCUGUGACCAGUGGCAAUAUGAUGAUCCCUCAGCAAAUGUACAUGUGCACCUGAGCUCGAUCUGAUGUGAAGACAAGUCUGCCUCAGAGCUUGGUGCAUUCACUCUGAGAGCAAGCUCCCUUCAGCCAGUGGAGUGUUUUUUCCAAUUUUUCUCAAAUGGGGUGGUGUAUGCUGAUCUAAAUAGAAAAUCUGAAUAAAACAUUGCAAAAUUAUA